GAAUGAACUGCGUCGGAAAACUCCUUCAAGAACCGCCAAUGAAAGCCGAUGUGAGAAUACAAUAAAUUUUAAUGAUCCAACGAAGUUUGAUUAACUAUAUUUACCCUGAAUAAAUAAAAAAAAAGAAAACGACCAUAUAUGUUAAUAAUUGGGGUCAAACAUGGUCACUCCACGAGAAUAACAAAUAAAGUCAACUUUUAUUUUCAGCCAAAUUUCAGUUAGUGGGAUCUCUACCGAGUAAUGAAAGAAACGAGAACUGUUACAGUCCAACAGUCACUUUCUUCUCUCUUCCGUGUACGCGGAUACUGUGAACUGACCGAGAAUUUAUUUAUUUAUGUGGUUUAAUUGUGGCGAUUGUUCAAGAAAUCGAAACAGGAAAUACAUAUAUUAAUUUAACCCAAUAAUGAGAAUAAAAAGAUGAAACAGAUCCAAAUUGCCCUAAUAUUAGGAUUAUUUAUCCUUUGGAUCACCAAAUGCCGUUCUAGUCCAUCAGAAAAUAGUAUUAUUAGCAUAGAAAUCCCGGAAAAUGGUAAUGCAACCCAAAAUAAGGAAGCAACAGUCAUUGAUCUGGAAAAGAUCAACAAAAUGUCCGUCGUGGAAUAUGUCGGACGUCAAAUCAAGUCGAUGUGGGACUAUUUAAUUCUAGGAAAUGAAGAUGAGCCAGAAAAAACUGACUUUAUAGGUAGAUGUUUGGGCAUGAUGAAAAAAAUGCGCCAAAUGAUGCCAUUUGCAAUGAUAGCAGCCGGUGUAGUGAUAACCAAAUUAGGGUUUCUAGUGUUGUUCUCCUUAAAAACACUUGCAAUGUUAGGCCUCUUGCUUUUGCUCAACGUUGGCACUGUUGCCGCAAAAGUAGGUGCCAUUUUGGCGUCAAAAAAGCACGAUCAUGCGCCCCAGGAUUUGCACCUCCACGUCCAACCAUGGAAACAAGGGGAACAUGAACAUGUUCUGAAAGGCCCGCCUUAUGGAUGGGAUGACAGAAGAGACUCAAAUAUCGAGAGUCACGACCUCUACAAUCUAUAUGAGAAACUGAGAUUCGAAAACAACCUUAAACGAUACCUGAAUUCACAAAGUUACCGAUAAUUAUGAUCUGCUGCUAGGCUUUACCAAAUUAUGAUAAAUUUCCAUUAUUUGUUUUUUUAAAUUUUAUAAGGAUUAAAUGUGAUUUUUAAAAAAUAAAAAAAAAAAAGGAAGGAAUCUAGCAAAAAGGAUAAACACAUGGACACA